UGUUAGACCACCACGUAACAAACGUUGAUCCGAUGUGUAGCCUUUUAAUGUCGUAAUUUCAAACGCAAAAAAAAAAAAAACUGAAUUGAUUAAAUCUGUUGUUCUCGAGAUGGUAGUUCGGUUUCUUCUUGUCUGACAAACAAACACAAAAAACAGCUCUCUCUCUCUCUCCCAAUUCGAAGAGACACCCGUUUAUGCCCUCCAACUAACGCCCCUCGUUUUCUUCUUCCUGUGACUUGCAGACGUACCGAUCCCCUGCAUGACUAUGCCGAAGGGCUUUCAAAGGAAUUGCAACUACCCGAUGGUGCCGCUGAUCAAGGACCUGGCUACCCUAUGGAUGGCGAAGAGGGUCGAGUUCCCUUAUCGUUGCGGGACGUGCGGCAAAGGUUACCAGCAUCGGGCCACACUGGUCAGGCACACCAGGCACGAGUGCGGCAAGGAGCCACAGUUCAAGUGUCCCUAUUGCGUCCACAGGACCAAGCAACGUGGCAAUCUUUAUCAACACAUUCGUACGAACCAUCCUGGCAAGAACGUCUUCUCGAGCAGCAUCUGAAAAACUUUACUCUUCUUCCCUUUCGCCCUUUUUCACUUUUAAUCCCCUAGCCGAUGACCCGUGUGUCGUCCUCGUGUAGAAUCGACCGAAAAACGGAACAAUGUAUACUUGCGAAUAGAGUUAGAGCUUGGUUAGCGAAAAAAAAAAAAAAAAAAAACUGUUCGUUACCUUUAUUUGCUAAGCUGUCGAUUGAAAGAAAAGUCAAGCCCACACACAAGCAUCGUAUCCCGUCAUAUUGUACGCGUUCUCGUCGUCAGUCUGUGUAAAGCAUGUGCCAAAA